GUAAAUAAAGGCCCACAACAGAAGACUUUGUAAUCAGCAUAGACUUUGCACAGGUCAGAAGAGAAUGCUUCAAAACCAAGCCCUUUGCUGGUGUGGAAAGGACUCAUUGCAGGACUUGCAUGCGCACUUCUCUCUGCUGUCAUCACUGUAAUGGACCUUUUCCUGUUGUAAUGACUUGCCAGCCCCUCCUCUAGCGCGAAGCGUCUGAAGCUGAGCUCUCUGGCUAAACAGUCCUUGCUGAAAUGUCAAUACAUUACUGGGACACUUGCAGGGGUCAUCAUGGUUUCCAGGCUGUACACAGCUUUGUUUCUCUGCUUCCCGCUCCUGAUUCCUCUUUCUCUGGAUGCAGUCUUUUUAAAGCAGGAAGAGGCAACCAGUCUUUUGCAAAGGCAAAGAAGAGCCAAUAGCUUCUUUGAAGAGAUAAAACUGGGGUCACUAGAGCGAGAAUGCAUGGAAGAAAAGUGUUCGUUUGAGGAAGCAAGAGAAAUUUACCACGACGAUGAAAGGACAACAGAAUUCUGGCACAUCUAUUCUGACCCUAACCAGUGUGACUCCAAUCCCUGUCAGAACGGUGGGAGUUGUGAUGAUCAGCUUCAGGAUUAUGUUUGCCGUUGUCCCAAGGAAUAUGAGGGCAAAAACUGUGAAAAAGCUGUGACUGACCAAAUGAAGUGUAUUUACAACAAUGGUGGCUGUGAACAGUACUGUGCUGAUGACAAGCAGUCUGAAAAACGAAGGUGCUUCUGUGCGGAUGAUUACACUUUAGCAAGUGAUGGCGUGUCCUGCAUUCCCCAAGUGAAAUAUCCAUGUGGAAAAAUACCAGUGUUGGCCAAAAAAAAUGCAACUGCAGAAGGCAGAAUAGUAGGUGGUCUCAUCUGUCCUCACGGUGAAUGUCCAUGGCAAGCCCUUAUAAUACAGAAUCAGAAAGAAAAGUGUGGAGGUACCCUGCUUUCACCUGAGUGGGUGGUCACUGCAGCUCAUUGUUUGGACUAUGCUCAUGCUGCACAGCUUUGGGUAAGACUAGGUGAUCAUGCGUUAAAUUAUGAUGAGAAAACUGAACAAGAGAGCGCCGUUACCAAGAAAAUUGUUCAUGAAGGAUAUAAGAACGGACAAGUCGAUAAUGACAUUGCCCUCCUGAGACUGGAAACACCUGUGAACCUCACCGAUUAUGUGGUACCAAUAUGUUUGCCUGAAGAACGGUUUGCAGUGGACGAGCUGUCCUCCAUCAAGUUCUCCACAGUGAGCGGAUGGGGACGUCUAAUAGAUGGAGGUGCUACUUCUGCUUAUCUGAUGAGAGUUGAUUUGCCACGUGUGAAGACACAAGAAUGUGAAAAGGAGACUGAUUUAAAUAUUACAGAGAAUAUGUUCUGUGCAGGAGACCUGAGCGGCACUAAAGACUCCUGCAAGGGAGACAGUGGUGGACCUCAUGCCACAAAGUACAAGAACACUUGGUUUCUGACUGGGAUUGUCAGCUGGGGGAAGGGCUGUGCUGUUAAAGGCAGCUACGGGGUUUAUACAAGAGUAUCCAAAUACAUUGACUGGUUAAAGAAGCACAUGGAUUAUGCUGCUUAUAGUAAGGAUGUGGAGGCAGAGGACCGCAGGAGCAAUAACCCCUUCAGCUGUCUCCUGUCACUUUCCCAUAACUUUAUUCCUAAUGGCUCUUUACCAGUCCCAAAUGUUAUCUGGCACCUCUAUCCCUUUCUCCACUCUUUAGUAUUUAUCAAGAAAGAAAAUGCAGACAAGUUCUUGGAAAGAGCAAAACGUGCUAACUCAUUUUUGGAGGAACUGAAAAAAGGGAAUAUUGAAAGAGAAUGCAAUGAGGAGCGUUGCUCGAAAGAAGAGGCAAGAGAAGCUUUUGAAGACCAAGAGAAAACUGAGGAAUUCUGGAAUAUCUAUGUAGAUGGGGAUCAGUGCAGCUCGAAUCCUUGUCACUAUGGUGGACAUUGUAAAGAUGGAAUUGGUUCCUACACUUGCUCGUGCUUGGAUGGUUAUCAAGGCAAGAACUGUGAAUUUGUCAUACCAAAAUACUGCAAGAUAAACAAUGGUGACUGUGAGCAAUUCUGCAGCAUCAAAAAAAGUGCACAGAAGGCUGUUGUGUGUUCCUGUGCAAAAGGGUAUGUUCUAGCAGAAGAUGGCAAAGGCUGUGUUUCAUCAGUAAAGUUUCCCUGUGGAAAAGUUUAUGUGAAAAGGAAAAAAAGGUCGGUUCUUUCACCUGCUGUUAAGAACGACAUAACCAGUGAUCAAGAUGUCUCUCCCACAAAUGAAACAAAUCUGGAAGAGGGUAUCGUUGCUACCACAGAAAGCCCGACCAUCCAGCCUCGGAAUGAAACAAGUGUCAAGACUCCAGAUGUGAUUACCAGGAUAGUAGGUGGUGAUGAGUGUCUGCUUGGUGAAUGUCCAUGGCAGGCUGUUCUGAUAAAUGAGGAAGGGGAAGAGUUUUGUGGUGGAACUAUUUUGAAUGAAAACUUUAUACUUACUGCAGCUCACUGCAUGAACCAAUCUAAAGAAAUUAAAGUUGUUGUUGGUGAAGUGGACAGAGAAAAGGAAGAACAGUCUGAAACAAUGCAUACAGUGGACAAAACACUUGUUCACUCUAAGUAUGUUGCAGAAACUUACGAUAAUGACAUAGCCAUAAUAAAGCUGAAGGAACCUAUAACAUUUUCUGAGUAUGUUAUCCCAGCAUGCCUUCCUGAAAUAGACUUUGCUAACGAAGUCCUGAUGAACCAAAAAUCUGGGAUGGUUAGUGGCUUCGGGCGUGAAUUUGAAGGUGGACGACUAUCCAAAAAACUGAAAGUGCUUCAAGUCCCCUAUGUUGAUAGGAACACUUGCAAGCAAUCCACUAACUUUGAGAUAACAGAAAACAUGUUCUGUGCUGGUUACGAGACAGAGCAAAAAGAUGCUUGUCAAGGAGACAGUGGAGGCCCCCAUGUAACCAAGUAUAAGGAGACUUACUUUGUUACUGGAAUUGUUAGCUGGGGAGAAGGAUGUGCAAGGAAAGGCAAAUAUGGUAUCUAUACCAAACUGUCCAGGUUCUUACGCUGGGUGAGAGUGGUCUUGAGACAAAAAAUUUAGUGGUGUGGCUCUUGAUCCUUGUAUUAGCUAACCAGGUGCAGGUGUACAAUCUGUAAUAUAAACUUUAUCCUUUUUUUAGCACAUCUGCUAAACGUUUUUGAGAGCUGUUUCCUUAAAGUUAUGGUGCUGCUUCUUCCUGUUUUAUUCCUGGCUUCCAGCAUGCAUAUGUGGGCUGCCAGUGUUGCUUUGAAUUUGUACAGUGAGAAGCUUUCCCCAAACAAAAUGGCUGCUUCCUGGGAUCUUUGGCUUGCUUACUCAUUUAUUUUUACAUUACCAUUUUGAUUUCUGUCUGUUUGCCCAAGUGAUUCCACCUGACACUGCUGGGCGUAACAUGAGCCCCAUCAAUCGUGAUGAAAGUAGGAAGACCAGAACCUCAGUUACUCUUCAAAUUGCAGCCAGUUGGUUCAGUAGGGAGUUUGUUCUUAUUAGAGCUGUUUAUCUUCUGCCUAUUGAUGUGUUUGGAAGAUUAGGUGAACAGAGAAGCUUCUGUGGCAAAAAGCUGAGCCACAGGUAAGUAUUCAGCAUUUGAUGCUAAAUAACCAAAUAUGGUCCACAUACCUGCCUAGGUCACUGCUGCUAAUUAAAAUAUUAUUUCCCUUUAUAUGAAUUGUACUUCACUUUAGUUUACUUUGAACGCUUCUGUUUUGCUUCCUCAGAAAAAAACGUACAUAUUCAACUGUUUUCUGUGUCACGUUCUGCAUGUGUAUGGCUGAGGAUCAGAGAACUCAUUGCACAUGUAGUUUUUCUGUGUGUUCCUGUAAGGUGCAAUAUUGAUGUACAUCAGCGUUUGAAAUAAAACACUUUUCUUUUUC